ACAUCUACAUCAGCUACAACAACAUCUACAUCUCUCUCAUCAACCACUGAAUCAACAUCUGAAUCAACAACACCAACAUAUGCACCUCAAUCAACUACACCUUCUCAAACAUCUACAUCUGAAUCAACAACAACAACUGAACCAAGAUCUCCAUCAACUACAGAAACAUCUACAUCUGAAUCAACAACAACCACUGAAACUGCAACUACAUCGACUGCAGAAACAUCAACAUCUGAAACAACAACAUUUCCAUCAACAACAACAACCCCUGCACCAACAUCUACAUCUGAAACAAUAACAUCUACAUCUCACUCACCAACCACUGAAUCAACAUCUGAAUCAAAAAAACCAACUUCUACAACUCAGUCAACAACACCUGCUCAAGCAUCUACAUCUGAAUCAACAAUAAUCCCUGCACCAACAUAUACAUCAACAUCUAUAGCUUUAUCAGCAACAAUCGCUGCACCAACACAUACAUCAGCUACAACAUCUACAUCUCACUCACCAACUUCUGAAUCAACAUCUGAAUCAACAACACCACCAUCUACACCUAAACCAAUAACACCUGCUCAAACAUCUACAUCUGAAUCCACAACAACGAAUGAACCAAAUCAACAACAACAUCUGAACCAAUCUGAAUCAACAACACCAACAUCUACACCUCAUCCAAUAACACCUGCUCAAACAUCUAUAUCUGAAUCAACAACAACCACUGAACCAAAAUCUACAUUAACUACAGAAACAUCUAGAGUUCCAUCAACAACAACAACCCCUGCACGAACAUCUACAUCAGCUACAGCACCAUCUACAUCUCACUCACCAACCACUGAUUCAACAUCUGAAUCAACAACACCAACAUCUACACCUCAUCCAAUAACACCUGCUCAAACAUCUAUAUCUGAAUCAACAACAACCACUGAACCAAAAUCUACAUUAACUACAGAAACAUCUAGAGUUCCAUCAACAACAACAACCCCUGCACGAACAUCUACAUCAGCUACAACUACAUCUACAUCUCACUCACCAACCACUGAUUCAACAUCUGAAUCAACAACAUCUACACCUAAAUCAACAACACCUAGUUCCAUCAACAACAACCCCUGCACCAACAUCUACAUCAGCUACAACAACAUCGACAUCUUCAACAACAACCACUGA